AUGGCUGGAGGAGCGUAUGUUUGCGGCGGAGGAGGGUGCAGCUAUGAAGGAGGUGUCACCAUCUUUGUGAUCUUCACUUGUGUGGUGGCUGCCAUGGGUGGUCUCCUCUUCAGAUAUGAUCCCGGAAUCUCAGGUGGAGUGACUUCAAUGGAGUCGUUCUUGAGCAAGUUCUUCCCAUUUGUGUUCCAUAAAAUGAAGAAUGAGACUGCUAAUCAAAACCAGUACUGCAAAUUUGACAGCCAACUCCUCACAUUGUUCACGUCUUGCCUCUACAUUGCAGCCUUGGUUGCUUCCUUCUUUGCUUCAUUAGUGACUAGGAAAUUUGGCCGGAAAAUCUCCAUGUUUGUGGCAGGCCUUGUGUUUCUUCUUGGCUCUAUCCUAAAUGGUAUUGCCAAUAACAUUAUAGUUCUAAUCAUCGGUCGUCUCUUGCUUGGUAUUGGUGUUGGAUUUGCUAAUCAGAUUCGAAAUUGUCAUGGUGAUUUGCAGUCCGUACCAGUUUAUCUAGCGGAAAUGGCUCCAACAAAGAUUAGAGGAGCAUUGAACAUGGGGCCCAUCACCAUUGGUAUUCUAGUGGCAGGCCUUGUCAACUUUGGCACAGCCAAGGUCAAGGGCGGAUAUGGCUGGCGGGUCUCUCUUGCUCUAGCAGCCGUCCCUUCCUCGAUGAUGACUCUCGCCGCAAUCUUUCUUCCCGACACUCCAAAUUCCAUCCUAGAAAGAGGUAACCCCGAGAAGGCUAAGAAAAUGUUGAAAAAAAUCCGCGGCACCGACAACGUUGAUAAUGAGUUCCAAGACCUUCUUGCUGCUACUGACGAUGCCCAAAAAGUGGAAAACCAAUGGACCAACAUUACACAGCCGCGCUAUAGGCCUCAACUCGUCAUUUGCAUUCUCGUUCCUUUCUUCCAGCAGCUCACCGGGAUCAAUGUAAUCAUGUUUUAUGCACCUGUCCUUUUCAUGACUUUGGGUUUUGGAGACGAAGCUUCCCUAAUGUCCGCAGUCAUCACCGGCGGUGUUAACAUGGUUGCCACCUUGGUGUCCAUUCUCGCAGUCGAUAAGUUCGGAAGAAGGGUGUUGUUCCUUCAAGGUGGUGUGCAGAUGAUCCUAUUGCUGUUGGGAGUGAUGAUAGGCAUGAAGUUUGGUCUCAGCGGAGUCGGAUCCUUUACAAAAACUGAAGCCAAUUGGAUCUUGUUCUCGAUCUGUGCAUAUGUAGCAGCGUUUGCAUGGUCCUGGGGUCCGUUAGGGUGGUUGGUACCGAGCGAGAUCUGCCCUCUGGAGAUCCGAUCAGCCGGACGAACCAUCAACGUCUCGGUGAACAUGUUGUUCACUUUUAUCAUUGGCCAAGUCUUCCUCAGCAUGCUUUGCCACUUAAAGUUUGGUCUCUUCUUUUUCUUUGCCGGUUUUGUGAUCAUUGUGACCAUCUUCAUCGCUUUCUUCCUGCCCAAGACGAAGAAUGUUCCGAUUGAAGAGAUGAAUAGAGUUUGGAAAGCUCACUGGUUCUGGGGCAAGUACAUCCCUGAUGAGGCUGUCAAUUUUGGUAGGCAAGACAAAGUUGUAGUUUGA